CUCGUAGGGGAACAGAGGUUGGUCAGACCAACCAGUCAUACUGUGCAAAGCUCGUCCAGACCCCCCAGUUUCCUUAACUCAUCCAAGAAAAGGAGAAGUUCUUUAAAGGCCUCACCACAGUCGUGCCACCACAUCUCCUUUGCCCUCUUCUCUGAUUGCAACAGGGAGGAUGUGGAGCCAUUUGAAGAAACUAUUCUUUUGGGGCAUUUUUUCCUUUGUCACAUUUCAAAAAGCUGCACUGGAUUGUAAGACAAAAACAAACGAUUUCCCGUCACCGCAUUUGUGCUCAAAAACCAGCGAGGUCAGAAAGGGUCAAAAUGUAUCUCUGGUUUGCUUCGUUGAUAACACAUCACUGAAUAUCACCUACUCCUUGUUUCGGGCUGGGAAACACCUGGGAACCCAGGAUGGGAAAGGUGGAUCCAAGAGUUUUUCCCUAAGGAUCUCAGAAGCCCAUGAUUUGGGACCCUACAAAUGCAAAGCCGAAGUUUCCGAGUGUAUAAAAUAUAGUCAUGAAUUCAACUUCACGUCUUUAGAGCCGGUGGACACCCCUGAGCUGGAAAUCAACGUCAUUCAAACAGGAACGAACCAACAUAUAACACUACGCUGCAUCUCACGCAUGGGCUCGCUGCCCAUCAGUUAUACUUUCUUUGAAAAAAAUGUCACCGUAUCACCAGUUAUUUCCAAGGACGUAAGGGUGCAUGCCGAAUUUAACCUCACCAGGAAGAGCACUGGAGAUGUGGAAGAGUACAGGUGUGAAGCUAAAAACAAAUUUUCCAACACUGCAAAAUACAGCCAGCCCGUCCCCAUGCCCUUACCAGGUAGAGACAGCUGUCCCUUCUGCCUGCAGCUGCUGCUUCCAGGGUUAUUCUUGGUGCUGAUAGCAAUGACCCUAAUUCUGGCAUUUUGGAUACUACCCAAAUACAAAGCAAGAAAAACUAUGAGAGGUCAAGUACCCAAGGACUGUGGAGAGACACCCAUGGAAGCUGGAGAAUAUGCAAAUAUCUGUACAAAUCAAAAAGGUGAGAGAUCUGUGCCAGGCUUGGAACCAAGGCAGUGCGUUUCCAUGGCCCGAGAUGGGAAUGACCACUCCUGGGAAAUACAUUACGCCUCCCCCAUGUUUGGAAAGGUGACACCGGGAGCACAAGAAGCCUGUAAUGAUGAUAAAACUGGAUAUGUAUAUUCUGAACUCAUCCUCUGAAAUAUAAAGACACAAACUACAUCUCAGAUUUUCUUACAGUCUGGGGACCAGAAAACUGCUGCUGCUGCUGUUGCUGUUACCGUCGUUGCCUCUGCCAUGGUGGCCUCACAUCCAGAAAUGAAACCAGAUUGAGGAAUGCAGAGCUCUGCACGGCAGACAUGUACUUGACAGCCACAACAUCACAUCUUGCAACUGCAAAUCCCAUGCAUGUGCAUCUAAUUGGUGGAAGAUAUCCACAUCCAUAACCCUGGCUUCAUUUGGGAAUUGUAAUUUUUUUUUAAGUUUGUGACUCCAUCAAAGAGGAGGGUUAUAAUGUGGUGUAAGAGAGCCAAUCACAAUAUCUACCUUACUAGCCAAAACAUCUAAUCAAGAGUGAGGUUGAUAUAAAGAAAUUUUAAGAGAAA